CACCGAUCAGCAAAAAGAACCGAUGACUUUGGCUCUGUCAUGUGAUCAGCUGUGUCCAAUCACAGCUGAUCGCGAGCUGUCACGGCAUUCCUCAGAGGGGACAUCUACACUGAUCAUCAGGGCACUGAUGAUUAGUGCCCUGAUGAUCAGUGUAGCCUCAUCAUUGCCACCUGUCAGUGUCUAUCAAUGCCAAAUGUCAGUGCACAUCAAUGCCACAUAUCAGUGCCUACCAGUGCACAUCAAUGCCACAUAUCAGUGCCCAUCUGAGCUGCCUUUCAGUGCCACCUAUCAGUGCCAGUCAGUGACACCUAUCAGUGCUGCCAAUCAGUGCAACCUAACAGUUCCAGUCAGUGCCACCCAAUAGUGCCAGUCAGUGCUGCCUAUCAGUGC